AUUCCAUAGAAAAAUCGAAAUUUAUUGAUUUUUUUUUCAAAUUUCUCUUUGUCAUAGAAUUGACGCAGCGGAACGGAACGAAACGGCCUUUUUUAAAUAGAACUCCAAUAGAAUUUUCAAUGAAAUUCAAUAGCUAGGUUUUUCCAUUAAAUUUUUUCAUGCGUGACAUCUCGCACUCUCUGGACCACCAAGGUCAACCAAUGAACGUAUUUCAAUGGAUCCAUUGUUAUAUUCCGAGGAAAUCCCAAUGAGUUUCAGAAUUCAUUCAAAAAGUUGGCUACCACUGACGUCUUUACAUAACAAGCAUUUCAACUUCCAAGCGAAUCUGCCUCUCUAGAAAUCGCAGUUUUGUUUGCGUAGCUGAUUCCCAAUGCACAAUUAUUCUGAUAAUCCCAGUGACGAAAAUAUUUUCACCUAUUUUUCACCCUUGCAGCGUAAAAAACAUUAAUUUCCCCGUGAAGUAUCCGAAAAAAUAGGGGUACUUGGGGUAAAAAGAACACUUUUGACUUUUUUUACAGCUUGAUAACUCAUUUAAUUUCCGAUGAAACGGAAUGAUUUGUUUUCUAUGAAAAAAACAAUAGUUGAAAGUGUUCAUUUAAAAACUUUGGAAGACUUGGAGUAAAAAUCCCGAGAGGGUAAACAAAAAAAAAUUCCACAGUCUUGUGUUCUGGCAGCAGUGAGGGAUGAUCUGAGGAAAAAAAAAAUGGAAAAAAAAUCGAUUUAAUGUUGAAGGAAAGAAGAAAAUGUCUCGACGGAAACACCGUGAUACGUUAAACACCCAUGAAAACCAAAUGAAGGAUAAUAAACCCUUGAAAUUUCUCAAAGAAUCACUGAUCAAGGACAAAAUACACUGCUGAUAUGCUGUUAUACCUACGAUAUGUCAUGUGACACAGGACAUGGUGAUAAAUAUGUAACGAGAGGGAAAGAGAAACCGUCUCGUUGGGUACGGGAAUGGUGUCAUCAAAAUUGUGGUGUUGGCAUUAGUCACAGCAAGAUCGUUUAUGAGAGAUGAGCGUUGAGGCAGACACACUGGAACUCGAGGUCUUCGAGGUGCAAGACGGAGACGACGAUCUAAAUGAAGCUGAAUCAUCGAGAUCCGGUAAAAAACGCUCAUCAAAGUUGGGAAAAAAAUUGGAGAUUAAAUUAUCAAGCGAUGGGAAAGGAAAAAAACGUAAACGUCGUAAAAAACGAUGCAGAGAGGAGCGUUCUCCGUCAACCCAGGUAGUUGUUAAUUUUCCAUCAUCAUCGGAUGCUGUUGAACACACUGGUGAAUGCUCAAAAAGAGACUCCUCCAGUAGUCUCGGUGGACCCAGCAAUCGUCACAGUACAUUACGCCAGUCUCUAUUAACUGUACUUGGCAAAUUGGUUGUUUGGAAAGGUGCUAGGUAUCGUCCAACACCAACAACCUCAGCAAUACCCCCAAACUCACCUCUCGCCACUGAAUGCAUUGGACGUAGUACAGUUUUCUUUUCCAGCGAAACGGAAAGGCGCAUUCGUGCUAACAAUCGCGAGUACAAUUCACAAUUUAAAUAUGCAAACAAUUACAUCAAAACGUCCAAGUAUUCGGUGUUGACGUUCCUGCCGCUGAAUUUAUUUGAACAAUUUCAACGGUUAGCUAAUUUCUACUUCCUAUGUCUGCUGGUGCUUCAGAUGAUACCCGCCAUAUCUUCGCUUACCCCGAUUACCACAGCCAUACCAUUAAUUGGGGUCCUCACACUCACUGCCGUCAAAGAUGCCUAUGAUGAUUUUCAACGACACAGCAGUGAUUCACAAGUUAACAACAGAAAGUCCCAGACGUUACGCGGAAAAAUUUUAAAAGUAGAGAAAUGGUCGCAAGUGCAAGUUGGCGAUGUAAUUAGAAUGGAGAAUGAUCAAUUCGUCGCUGCCGAUGUUCUUUUACUCUCCACGAGUGAACCCAAUGGCCUUUGUUACAUCGAGACUGCAGAAUUGGACGGAGAAACCAAUUUGAAGUGUCGUCAAUGUUUAACGGAGACAGCUGAAAUGAUGGAUAACAACGAACUUAUAGGGGAAUUUGACGGCGAAAUAAUCUGUGAAACUCCAAAUAAUCUAUUAAAUAAAUUUGAUGGUAUAUUAAUGUGGAAAGGAAAUAGGUAUGCAUUAGACAACGAUAAAAUAAUACUGCGAGGAUGUGUCUUGAGAAAUACACAGUGGUGCUACGGUGUAGUGAUCUUUGCUGGCAAAGAUACAAAACUUAUGCAAAACUCAGGGAAGACAAAAUUCAAGAGAACGUGUAUAGAUAGACUAUUGAAUCUUCUCAUAAUUGGAAUUGUAUUCUUUCUACUAUCACUAUGCUUAUUCUGCAUGAUUGGCUGUGGAAUAUGGGAGAGUCUCGUUGGACGUUACUUUCAAGUUUAUUUACCAUGGGACUCACUAGUGCCAACUGAUCCACUUGGUGGUGCAACUGUUACAGCCCUACUUGUUUUUUUUUCAUAUUCAAUUGUAUUAAAUACAGUAGUGCCAAUAAGUUUGUACGUCAGUGUCGAGGUCAUAAGAUUUGUACAAUCAUUUCUUAUUAAUUGGGACGAAGAGAUGUAUCAUGCACCAACAAAUACACAUGCCAGAGCGAGAACAACGACACUUAACGAAGAGCUGGGACAGAUUGAAUACAUAUUCUCCGAUAAAACUGGUACACUUACCCAGAAUAUCAUGACUUUCAACAAGUGCUCUGUGGCGGGCAAGAGUUAUGGAGAUUUGGUAGAUGAGGUCACUGGCGAAAUCAUCGAUUUGAGUGAGACGGAUAAAACGAAAAAAACAACGUCAACGGUGAAAUGGAAAAAUGGCCAGGAGUUUGUUCGCAGCGUGCACCCAUCAAUUAGCAGUGCUAAUGCGAGAUUAUUGGAGCAAGCUGAUCGUAUGGGAAAUUCAACCCCCGAGCCUGAUAUCAACGCCAGAGGGAAAAUUGCACAAACACCCUCAACUGUUCCACCCCUGGAUUUUUCCUUCAACAAAGAUUACGAGCCCGAAUUCAAGUUUUACGAUCCAGCAUUACUGGAGGCAGUGAAGAAGGAAGACACCGAGGUACAUCUAUUUUUUCGUCUCCUGGCACUGUGUCACACAGUUAUGUCAGACGAGAAGAAUGGAAAGCUCGAGUACCAGGCCCAAUCACCAGACGAGGCGGCACUAGUGUCAGCAGCACGAAACUUUGGUUUUGUCUUCAGAGAGAGAUCACCGAACAGCAUAACAAUCGAAGUGAUGGGAAAACGCGAGGUCUACGAGGUGCUUUGCAUUCUCGAUUUCAAUAAUGUUCGUAAACGAAUGUCUGUCAUUCUGAGGAGAAAUGGCCACCUCCGUUUGUACUGCAAGGGGGCAGACCACGUUAUCUACGAGAGGCUGAAGGCUGGUAGUGAGGAGAUAAUGCAAAAAACCCAGGAGCAUCUCAAUAAAUUUGCCGGAGAGGGGCUCAGGACACUUUGUCUGUCUGUCAAAGAUCUUGAGGAGAGCUUCUUCAAUGAUUGGAAGCAGAGGCACAUGGAUGCUGUACUCAGUGGGGAGGAUAAGGAUGACAGGCUUGAUGCUAUUUACGAGGAGAUUGAGAAGGAUAUGACGUUACUUGGGGCCACUGCCAUUGAGGAUAAACUGCAGGAUGGAGUGCCACAGACUAUUGCCAAUUUGAGCCUUGCUGGAAUUAAAUUGUGGGUACUCACCGGUGACAAACAAGAAACGGCUAUAAAUAUUGGCUACUCCUGUCAAUUGCUGACUGACGAACUAACUGAUGUAUUCAUCGUCGAUGCUACGACGUACGAUAGUGUUGAGACCCAACUCCAGCGUCACCUAGAAACAAUAAAUACAGCAUCUAGUCAACAAAAUAGGCCAGCACUCUCCAUCGUCACAUUCAGUGAUACAGAGUAUAAUAGAGAAGAUUCAGACGAACGUGAACCCGAUUUAUCUUCAGGAUUUGCUAUUGUUAUUAAUGGUCAUUCACUGGUCCAUGCACUCCAUCCACAGAUGGAGAAAUUGUUUCUGGAGGUUUCGAGUCGUUGCAAAUCAGUAAUAUGCUGUCGUGUAACACCCCUCCAAAAGGCCAUGGUAGUAGAACUGAUAAAGAAGAAUAAAUCAGCAGUUACAUUGGCAAUUGGAGACGGUGCCAACGACGUAUCAAUGAUAAAAACAGCACACAUUGGAGUUGGCAUAAGUGGCCAAGAGGGCCUACAAGCUGUACUUGCAUCUGAUUACUCCAUAGGACAAUUUAGAUUUCUAGAGAGGCUAUUGUUUGUACAUGGAAGAUGGUCGUACUAUAGAAUGUCCAAGUUUCUUAGAUACUUUUUUUAUAAAAAUUUCGCCUUCACUCUAUGCCACAUAUGGUUUGCCUUCUUUUGUGGCUUCAGCGCACAGACAGUAUUUGAUCCAAUGUAUAUCUCAGUGUACAAUCUCUUUUACACAUCACUGCCAGUAUUGGCUGUCGGUGUAUUUGAUCAGGAUGUCAACGAUAAAAACAGUAUAUUGUAUCCAAAAUUGUAUACACCUGGAUUGCAAAAUAUGUUGUUUAAUAAGAAAGAAUUUUGUUGGAGUGCAUUACAUGGAUUUUGGGCGAGUUGUAUAUUAUUUUUAGUGCCCUAUGGAACUUAUAAGGAUGGAUUAUCGCCAAAGGGUUACGUACUUUCAGAUCACAUGUUGCUGGGCAGCGUUGUGGCCACAAUCCUAGUUAUAGUUGUUACCGUUCAAAUAGCCCUCGAUACCUCCUACUGGACAAUUGUAAAUCACAUAAUGGUAUGGGGCUCCCUAAUAUGGUAUUUCAUUCUCGAUUACUUUUACAAUUUCAUUAUUGGUGGAAGUUACGUUGGCAGUCUGACAAUGGCAAUGUCAGAGGCAACGUUCUGGUUUACAACAGUUAUAUCCUGUAUUAUUCUGGUGAUACCAGUAUUAUCGUGGAGAUUUUUCUUCAUCGAUGUUAGACCAACGUUAUCAGAUCGUGUAAGGUUGAAACAGCGUUUGGCACAAAUGCGUUCACGCCAGAGUCAGGAUAUACUUCGUACACCAUCAACAAGACGUACACGUAGAUCAUUGCGUUCUGGUUAUGCUUUCGCACAUCAAGAGGGCUUUGGAAGACUCAUAACGUCGGGUAAAAUAAUGAGGAAAUUGCCCAAUGGUGGUGAUUUUAAAUUUGCAAUGCCAUUUGCUAAUAAUGUUACUAAAUCAGUCAAUGUCGCAUCAACAUCCCCAAAUGACGGUACUUCCAGAAAUUCACGUAAUUUAGACACCAUCAAUCUUUAAAUCAACAUUAAUUAUUAUUAAUUUUUCAUUUAUUAUUACAACACAUUAGAACAAUUUGAAUAGCUUUGUAAUUGAUAGUACACGUAAAUUAUUUCCAGGAUAUAAUUUUAUCAGAUAGAGAUCAAUUAAUUAUCACGUAUAAUGUACAGCACAAGUUUCUAGAUAUGUUUAAUUAAUUAAAUACGUGAAUAGGGCGGG